GGAAAGGGCAUGUCGCACUUUUCGUUAGGCCAAAUUUAGCUGUUAUCAGCCCAGCACCAUGAGUGUGCAGUUCACCAGAGUGAGCGCUUAGUGUGUCAUCAAUGCAUGUGAAGAGUAACUGAAUAUGUCAGUGAAUGACAGAUGAAGCCACAAAAAGUCAGCGUCUGCAAGAAGACCAUUGAGAAAAGAAGUGACCUCAGCUCACCCGCUCACGAGAGUCGUCUCAAUCCUGGUUGUCAAAUACACUCAGCGUCAUCAUGGCCCACAAGACGGAAGUAUAAAAGUAUAGAGGAAAAACAAAUAUGACGAUGAGGAGGAUGAUUGUCAAGUGAAGCCAAGAGAACAACGGGACGGCACUCACUGACGAGAGAAACAUACAAUGAUUGUGGUUUUUCUACUCGCUGUCAUUGCAGGUACUCCAGCAGCAGGCCAAAUUUUGGAUGUUUGUACCACCUGCCACACUAACGCCACAUGUGACAACAAGCCAAACAGCUCUGGUAAAGUUUGUAACUGCAAGUAUGGGUUUGUUGGAAAUGGAAGAACUUACUGUCAAGAUAAAGAUGAGUGUCAGAUAGGAGCAAGUAAAAUCUGCGGGCAGCACACCCAAUGCCACAACACCUAUGGCAGCUACUACUGUACCUGCCUGUCUGGCUACAGCCCUACUAACUACAUGGCCACCUUCAUCCCAAAUGAUGGAACCUACUGCCAGGACAUUGAUGAGUGCAAGAUCACAGGGCUGUGUGGACAGGGCGGUUGGUGCAGGAACCUGGAGGGCAGUUUUGAGUGCGCCUGUCUGCUGGGAUACCAAAUCCACAAUGGAGCAGAGCCUUUUCAUCCUCACAGAGACAAGGCUUCCUGCAAAGUGGUUGACUGUGGCCAGCCUGCCCCAGUGGAGGACACAGUGCUGCUGUCAGUCACUGGGACCACAUAUGGCAAUGUAGCCACAUAUGUCUGUGAUGAAGGCUUCAUUUGGGCCAGUGGAGACAACACCUCCGUGUGUGGAGCUAAUGGGCUAUGGAGAGGACCAACUGUGGUCUGUGAAGAGGCUUUGUGUGGGAGUCCUCCUAUAAGUGAAUCCACUGGGCUCGUGUGGAACGGUAGCACAGCUCCUGGAAGCACUGUGCUCUAUUUCUGUAAAAAGGGCUUUUUUAACAAAGGAGGACAUAAUGUGUCGGUCUGUAAUGAAAACGGUCAGUGGACACCACCAGCUCUAUCAUGCCAAGAGAUAUUAUGUGGGGAUCCCCCUAUACUGCCCAAUACUGAGCAAGUAUGGAAUGGCAGCUCCACCCCUGGAAGCACUGUGACAUACUACUGUAAAAUAGGAUUUUAUCACAGUGAAGGAAACAAUAUGUCAUUAUGCACAAAUAAUGCCUCCUGGACAAAACCAAACAUCUCAUGCAAAGAUGUUCAAUGUGGUGCACCCCCACCCGUCCCUCAUUCAGUCAUGCUGUGGGAUAAAAUUCCCACCGUGGGCUCUCGGGUUGUGUAUCAGUGUAAUUCUAGAUAUCGCAGUGUUGGAGAGAGAAAUGUAUCAGUUUGUACUCCCAGUGGAGAAUGGGAUGAGGCAUCUCUGCUCUGUCAAGAAAUCAAUUGCCAAGAGCCUAUUUCCAAACCUCAUUCUAAAGUACUGUGGGAUGGCACUUUCCACAUUGGCAGUGUGGCGCAUUACCAAUGUUAUGAAGGAUAUCACACCAGAAGUCUGAAAAACUACUCAGUAUGUGGAGAGAAUGGACUCUGGGAGGAUACUGAUCUGUGGUGUGAAGAAAUAAGAUGUGGCCCCCCACUAAUCCUUCCACAUACUAACCUGCUAUGGGACCACACCAGCCGACCAGGCAGCGUGGUAUUGUAUGAGUGUAUGGAUGGAUAUUACCUGGAGAGUGGAAACAAUAUUUCAGUAUGUUCAUUAUCAGGAAAGUGGGGGGAAAUAUCGGUUAAGUGCCAAGCUAAAUGUGGCCCAGUUCCCUUCCUUGCCAACUCAGAGGUUGUGUGGCAUAAUAGAAGUGUUGUGAUCCACCGCUGCAUGGAUGGAUAUCACAUCUGGAAGGGCAGUAACAUCUCUGUGUGUGGCAGUUCUGGGGUGUGGCAGAAAGCUACUUUGAGAUGCAGAGACAUUGAUGAGUGCAGGAUCACAGGGCUGUGUGGAGAGGGCGGUUGGUGCAGGAACCUGGAGGGCAGUUUUGAGUGCACCUGUCAGCUGGGAUACCAAGUCCACAAUGGAGCAGAGCCUUUUCAUCCUCAAAGAGACAAGGCUUCCUGCAAAGUAGUUGACUGUGGCCAGCUUGCCCCAGUGGAGGACACAGUGCUGCUGUCAGUCACUGGGACCACAUAUGGCAAUGUAGCCACAUAUGUCUGUGAUGAAGGCUUCAUUUGGGCCAGUGGAGACAACACCUCCGUGUGUGGAGCUAAUGGGCUAUGGAGAGGACCAACUGCGGUCUGUGAAGAAAUCAAUUGUCAACAGCCCAUUUCCAAACCUCAUUCUAAAGUACUGUGGGAUGGCACUUUCCACAUUGGCAGUGUGGCGCAUUACCAAUGUGAUGAAGGAUAUCACACCAGAAGCCUGAAAAACUACUCAGUAUGUGGAGAGAAUGGACUCUGGGAGGAUACUGAUCUGUGGUGUGAAGAAAUAAGCUGUGGCCCCCCACUAAUCCUUCCACAUACUAACCUGCUAUGGGACCACACCAGCCGACCUGGCAGCGUGGUAUUGUAUGAGUGUAUGGAUGGAUAUUACCUGGAGAGUGGAAACAAUAUUUCAGUAUGUUCAUUAUCAGGAAAGUGGGGGGAAAUAUCGGUUAAGUGCCAAGCUAAAUGUGGCCCAGUUCCCUUCCUUGCCAACUCAGAGGUUGUGUGGCAUAAUAGAAGUGUUGUGAUCUACCGCUGCAUGGAUGGAUAUCACAUCUGGAAGGGCAGUAACAUCUCUGUGUGUGGCAGUUCUGGGGUGUGGCAGAAAGCUACUUUGAGAUGCAGAGUAAUAAAGCCACCUAUCAAUCACCUAUAUGUUGUCAAUGAAAAAUGUGUGCAUUGGAAGGCAGAGAAGUAUGAGGAGGAUACAGAAGCUUACAAGGUGACAUACAUAGGUACCAGAAACUACCAAAGGUCUUUUCGUGAUAAAAGGAAGCAAUUUCUGAACUCCAAAGCCGACCAGUUGGCAGUCUGUCUGAACCUGCUUCCAGCCACAAACUACAACAUCUCCAUCACUGCACUAUCUGCCAGAUUCACAGCCUCCAUCACAACUAACACCAGUUUACCAGUGCCUCCAGUGCCAGUUGUUUACUACAGAGAAUUUGAGACUCCUGUGCCAACUUUGAGGCUACACAGAUCAGCCAACACACUGGACCCAAUAAGUUUGUACCAAGUGUUUGUGCUUCCUGUAGAGGAGAUUAUGGUAUUUGACUGUUCUUUCCCUGGACGCCCUGAGCCCAUAAGCAAAAACAAAUUAUCUGGGGGAUACAUUACUGCCCAGAUCCUUGUCAGACAUGUCGGGACAGAGGUAAACUUUACUGUUGGGGACGGAAUCCACUAUGGAGGCUUCUAUAAUGCACCCCUGGAGAAUGGCCGGAACUACUAUAUCAUCUUACGAGCUGUCAGUCAGUGGAACACAGCCAUAAAAAGCUCCUGUGUCCUGUGGGCUAAAAUAAAAGGUACAUCCUAUGUUCUGAGGGUUUCAUCGCUGGCUGCUGCUUCAGUGGGACUGGUUGCCUUGGCCAUUUUCAGUGGUUACAGUUGCAUCUGGUAUGGACGAUACAGAGUAGAAACUCUGUGUACCCCUCAAACAAAGUUGAUCAAUUGCCUCAUACAACGAAAUACUACAUAUACCACUAUAUAAAAAUAUAUAUAUAUAUGUAUAUUUCCCUGCUAGCCCCAUGUGGGCAGUCUUCUACCAGAGCCCUGGGAGCCUGAGGGUUCUGUGCAGUAUCUUAGCUGUUGCUAGGACUGCGGUCUUCCGGACAAAGAUCUCAGAUGAUGCUCCUGGAACCUUCUGGAGCUUCUCUCCCAUUUUGGGGUUACAGCCCAGUGUCCCGUGAUCAUGUUCCUUCUUCUAGAAGUUGCUACAUCUAUCACAACUGAUUUCUUCAGUUGUUCAUUGACCCACCAUGAUGGUUGGUUAGUCAUCACCAGCUUAUUAGUCUGGAUCUGGACGUCCCACAGGAUCUUAGCCGGGUCAUUCUCCGCCACCUUUGGAGGUGUCUUCUGUUUUGACCUUGGGACUUUCAGCCCAUACAGAUGUUUUUCUACACUAUGCCAGCCACUUGGUUAAGGCGUUCCAUGUACACCAUACCUGCUGCCUCACACGACCUGCUGUUGUGUACAACCAUUAGGUGGUAAUUCUAGUUUGCACUAGAAUAAAAUACUACUUUUGCACAAGUGUUAAAGACACAAAAUGUAUUGUCAAUUGCUGACUAACAAAUUCAAGUACAGUAUAGACUUCAGCUAAAGCAUUUGAUCAAGGAAUGUGAAUAUUACAGUGGAUUAGGGGUACCAUUUUAGCCAAUGAUGGAUGACAUUUUGUGAUAAACCUUCUAAAACUCACACAAAGAGUAGAUGUGCAAAACAUGUACAAUAACAGUUCAUGUCAAGACACAAGACCUACUUAAAUAACAUUUUGUCUUUUUGUCUUUUCUUUCAGGCUUUUCAAGAAGACUUGACGUCCCUCAGUGUUGAUAUUGAUAAAUAAAUGUCUUGAUUUUC